AUGGACCAAAUAUCUGGUUUGCCAGAAGCUAUACUUCAUGACAUUCUCGCAAGGCUUCCAGACAGAGAUUCUGCCAGGACUAGUGCUUUAUCAAAGGCUUGGAGAGAAACAUGGUCUACGUUUCCGAUAUUGUCUAUUUGCAGCGAUCAACUUUUUAGGAGUCAAGAUGUAACGGUAGACAAUUAUCAUAGCAAAAUAGACAAAGUUAUUGACUAUGUUGGGAGAAAAUCGCUGAGGCUCCGUGACCUAGGCUUAGCAAUCAAAGAAUUCAAGCUCAUCAUGGACUAUGUAGACCAUAAGUGCAUGGCCCACCAUGUUGAUCUAUGGAUGAAGAUGGCUAUUGAAAGUGGUGGCGAAGUAUUACAUUUACAGCUUGGCCUCCCUGGUUACUAUGUAGGGAGAUACAGUCCGGACAGGCUUUAUGAGCUUCCACUCAGUGUCAUUGAAUCCAAAUCACUUACUAAGUUGGUGUUGAUAGGCGGAAUCAGAGUUGAGCAAGCAUUCCUCACCCAUUCCAUCAAGCUUUACUCAGUGAGAAUAAUAAAACUAUGCAAUCUAGUUUUUGCAGAUGAAGGGAUUAUAGAGCGUCUCAUUUCUCAUUGUCCUCUAAUUGAAGAUUUAACGGUGGUCGAUUGUGCUGUAUAUAACCCUCCAAUUAGCGGAAUUCCUCAAGUGUUUGCGUUCAGUCUUGUGGAAUCACUAUUCUUGCAUGGUUUACAUAAGCUCAAGAAAGCUUAUGUUCAAGGAAUGCGGGAAGUAUAUAUUGGUGCUCCAAAUCUUGAGAGCUUACGUUAUAAUAAUCUUCAUCCAGAUGCAUCUUUCAAGCUGAAUUUAGAUAGUUGCACAAAUUUGAAAUGGUUGUGCUUAUGGGAUUUGAAGAGCAUUGAUUUUAGAAACAAAUAA